CUAGUGUAGCUGGGACAUGUUGGCCGGUGUGGGUGAGUUGGGCCGAAGGGCCUGUUUCCACACUGUAUCACUCUGACUCUAUGGGGGUAAAUAAGUCUACUUUUGUGUUUUAUAACAUUUUGCAAGCAACAAAAUAAAAUAAAUUGUCGGGAAUGAGUUGGAGAAUGAACAAAUAAAGAAGGAUCAGGAAGAUUGAUUAUUACGGGUGUCAGUGGUUAUGGGGACAAGGCAGGAGAAGGGGUUGAGAUGGAAAGAUAGAUCAGCCACGAUUGAAUGGCGGAGUAGACUUGAAGGGCGAAAUAGCCUAAUUCUGCUCUUAGAACUUAUCAACUCUUGUUCUUGUUGACCCAAUGUCUGUAAUUCAUUUUCACCUAGCUAACAAUGGCCUGUUUCUUUUAUCAUCGUUUUUUGCAUAUCUUUCUUUCAUUCAGAAUUGGGAGUAUGCAGAGUCUAGGAGUGUGGACAACCCCCUCCUAUAAUCACGAAUGUGCAGGUGGUAUACAAUAUCAGUGCCAUCAAUGCACUGUUUAAAUAACCAUCAGGUUUAAAUUCCCAUGCCUGCCCUUAACUGAGAAUCUAUAAAGAUCAGGGAAUAUCGAUUAAGCUGGCAGUCUUCUCUCUUGAUAAGUGAAGACCAAGACCUGAACUAAUUGAGGCCUUUCAAAUCAUCAAAGUGGUUUGAAAGGUUAGACAUCAUUAAAAUGCCUAUCAAAAACAGAAAAUGCUGGAAAAACUCAGCUGGUUGGGCAGCAUCUGUGGAAAGAGAGACAGAGUGUGGGAGGAAGCCAGAGCUGCUGGACAAAACCCACGUGGUCACAUGGAGAACGAAGAAACGCCAGACAAAAAGUGGCCGUGGUCAGGAUGAAAUCCGGUCUCUGGCGCUGUAAAGGCAACAACUCUACCGCUGUACUGCUGUGCCGUCCUAAGGUUUAUACAGAGUGAGACAGACAUGAAAGGUUCUGGUGAGGUGAGUGCAGCUUAAUGCAGUGGGGUUUAAUGACCUGAUUAUGUGGCGUAACAUCCCGUGCAGUACAUAGCUGGUUUGCCGAGUACAUGGACUGCUGAGGGGGGGUAACGUUGCAUCCAAAUUAUCAGACUAGCUUUAGUUUUUGCAGAUCCCGCCUUAUAGAGUCAUAGAGUUAUAGAGUGAUAUAUGUGGAAACAGACCCUUCAGCCCAACUCACCCACACCAGCCAACAAUGUCCCAGCUACACUAAUCCCACUUGCCUGUGCUUGAUCCAUAACCCUCCAAACCUGUCCUAUCCAUGUAUCUGAUGGGAUAGUCCUAUCCACAACUACCUCCUCUGGCAGCUUGUUCCAUACACCCACCACCCUUUGUGUGAAAAAGAUACCUCUCAGAUUCUUAUUAAACAUUUUCCCCUUCUCCUUGAACCUACUGUAUGUCCUCUGGUCCUUGAAUCCCCUACUCUGGGUAAAACAUUCUGUGCAUCCACCCGAUCUAUUCCUUUCAUGAUUUUGUAUAUCUCAAUAAGAUCUCCCCUCAUCCUCCCUCGCUCCAUGGAAUAGAGACCCAGCCUACUCAACCUCUCCCUAUAGCUCGCACCCUCUAGUCCUAGCAACAUCCUUGUAUCUGUUUCAUGUUUCUGGCCCUUUUCCACCUUUUUGGCUCAUGAGUUCUGUGAUCUUCUCGUGCGAGCUACGAACCCAGGAAAUAGAUUGAGAUCUUUCACGUGUCAUUGGCAUCACAACAGCGCAGUGGCGCAGCAGUAGUUGCUGCCUUCCGCCACCAGAGACCCAGGUUCGAUCCUGACUUUAGGGCUGUCUGUAUGGAGUUUGUACCUUUUCCCUAUGAACACGUGGGUUUUCUUCAGGUGCUCGGGUUUCCUCCCACACAUUUCAAAGACGUGCGGAUGUGCAGGUUAAUUGGCUUCUGUAAAUUACCCCGAGUGCGUAGGAAGGAAAAUUUAGGAUAACAUAGAACGGAUGUACAGGUUGUUGGUCGGUGCAGACUCAGUAGGCCGAAGGGCCUGUUUCCACGCUGCAUAUCUCAACCAAGCUAAACCGGAGACAUAUGUGAAUAGGUGGUAAAAACUGUAUUAAACAAGGACCAUAUCGAGUUUAAUUCUAGAACCAGCAAUGCAGUUUGUUUGAAAAAAACCUGCAUCCUUGGGGACUGUCCUUAAAAAUACAGCACUGUACAAAUAUUUUCACCAGUCGGGAUGGCAGGGUGUAGCAGAGGUAGAUUUGCAGCCUUACAGCGCCAGGGACCCAGGUUCGAUCCUGACUAUCGGUGCUUGUCUGUACGGAAUUUGUACGUUCUCCCCCUGACCUGCGUGGGUUUUCUCCGAGAUCCUCCCAUACUCCAAAGGCGUACAGGUUUGUAGGUCAAUUAGGAUAAAUGUAAAUUGUCCCCAGUGUGUGUGAGAUUGCGUUAAUGUGCAGGGAUCGCUGGUCGGUGCAGACUCGCUGUCUGCUCCUAUGACAUGAUGUUAUGAUAUUAUGGAGGAUCUUUGGCCUGUAACAUUCACUCUGUUUCUCUCCCCACAGUUAAUGCCUCCCUGUCCCUUGCUUUGAUUAAAGAUUUGACGCAUACGUUGACCUUGCAUUGAUUCGUACGGGUGUCAGGGGUUAUGGGGAGCAGGCAGGAGAAUGGAGCUAGAUAAAUCAGCCGCCAUUGAAUGGCGGAUUAGACUUGAUGUGUAGGAAGGAACUGCAGAUGCUGGUUUAAAUCGAAGAAAGACACAAAAUACUGGAGCAACUCAGUGGGACAGGCAGCAUCUCUGGAGAGAAGGAAUUACUCCAGCAUUUUGUGUCUAUCAUGGCGGAUUAGACUCUGUGGGCUGAAUGGCCUAGUUCUGCUCCUUGUACAUAUACUUAUGACCUUAUGAACUUAGCAUCUGUUACUGUGAUGUUAAUUGUUAUUUAGAUUAUUGUCUCGUGUACCGGGAUGCAGCUAAAAGCUUUCUCGUUGCGUGCUAUUCAGUCACUGUGAAAACGCAGCUAUGCUUUCUCCCCCCCCCGAUAGAUCCCGUCAACUCGGCCCCGACGGUUCUGGACGGGUUUAGCCACCGGGUGGUCAUGGCAGACCAGCGGGUUGUGUUGCCGUGCAAGGCCUCGGGCCAGCCCGCGCCCAAGUACCGCUGGGUGAAGGACAACGCCCCCCUGGAGCGGGGCAACCGGUUCAGGCAGACGGUCACCGGGCUGCUGAUCGUGAAGACGGUGCCCGCCGACACCGGCAACUACAUCUGCGAGGUCUGGAACAGCUUUGGCAACGCCGAGGUGGUCGGCCGGCUGAAUGUCAAACAGCCGCUGAAGGCAACAGUGAGCCCGCGCAAGGUGAAGACCAGCGUGGGCAGCCGCGUCUCGCUCUCCUGCACCGUGACCGGGGCCCAGGAGUACGCUGUCCAGUGGUACCGCAACGGCAAGAUCACCGCCCCGGGCAAGAACGUCCGCAUCACCGGCAGCAACCAGGAGAACCUGGCCAUGGACGGAAUGGCCAACAGCGACGGAGGAGCGUACCAAUGCUUCGUGAAGAAAGGGCGCGUGUCAGCACAGGACCUGGCCCAAGUCAUUCUGGAAGACGGAACGCCCAAGGUGAUCUCGUCCUUCAGUGAGAAGGUUGUGAAUCCCAACGAGCCCAUCUCGCUGAUGUGCAACGUGAAGGGCACUCCCUCCCCCACCAUCACCUGGACCCUGGACGACGAUGCCGUCUCCAGAGACGGAAACCACCGCCUCAGCCAGUACAUCACCAAGGAGGGCAACGUGGUCAGCCACCUCAACGUCACCAACACUCAGGUCCGCGACGGCGGAGUCUAUCGGUGUGCGGCCAAUAACUCUGCCGGAGUCGCCAUGUAUCAGGCUCGAAUAAACGUAAGAGGACCUGCCAGCAUCCGCUCCAUGAAAAACAUCACGGCCAUUGCAGGCCGUGACACCUAUAUCCACUGCCGGGUGAUCGGAUACCCUUACUACUCGAUCAAGUGGUACAAGAACUCCAACCUCCUGCCUUUCAACCACCGCCAGGUGGCAUUCGGGAACAACGGAACCUUGAAGCUCUCCGACGUGCAGAAGGACACGGAUGAGGGGGAGUACAUCUGCAACGUCCUGGUCCAGCCACAGCUGUCCACCAGCCAAAGUGUCCAUGUCGCUGUCAAAGUCCCACCUUAUAUUCAGCCUUUCGAAUUUCCAAGAUUCUCCAUCGGGCAGCGUGUGUUUGUUCCAUGCGUUGUCAUCUCGGGCGAUCUGCCGAUCAGGAUUACAUGGCAAAAGGAUGGCCGCCUGAUUCCAGCCAGCCUUGGAGUCACCAUUGAUAAGAUCGACUUCACCAGCUCCCUGAGGAUCUCCAACCUCUCGCUCAUGCAUAACGGGAACUACACUUGCAUUGCCAGCAACGAUGCAGCAGCAGUGGAGCACCAGAGCGAGCUGAUCGUCAGAGUUCCACCUCGCUUUGUGGUGCAGCCCAGUGACCAGGAUGGAAUUUAUGGGAAAUCCGUCACCUUGAACUGUUCUGCAGAGGGAUAUCCCGUUCCGACCAUAGUGUGGAAAUAUUCCAAAGGUGCGGGCGUCCCACAGUUCCAGCCCAUCACGUUGAACGGACGUAUCCAGUUACAGGUGAAUGGGUCUCUCCUCAUUAAGCACGUGCUGGAGGAAGACUGCGGCUACUACCUCUGCCAGGUCAGCAACGACGUGGGAGCUGACGUCAGCAAGUCCAUGUACCUCACCGUCAAAAUACCGGCCAUGAUCACGUCUUAUCCAAACACCACUCUGGCGACCCAGGGCCAGAAGAAAGAGGUCAGCUGCACCGCUCACGGGGAGAAGCCCAUCAUUGUCCGCUGGGAGAAGGAAGACACCAUCAUUGAUCCCGAGAGGAUGUUCCGUUACAUCGUGUCCACCAAGGAGAUUGGAGACGAGGUGGUUUCCACACUACAGAUUACUCCAACAGUGCGAGGGGAUUCCGGAUUCUUCUCUUGCCAUGCGAUCAAUUCCUACGGCGAGGAUAGAGGACUGAUACAGCUUACUGUGCAAGAGCCUCCAGACCCUCCAGAGAUCGAGAUACGUGAAGUGAGAGCGCGGAGCAUUGCGCUGAGGUGGAGCAUGGGCUUUGACGGCAACAGUCCCAUCACCGGCUUUGACAUUGAAUGCAAAAACAAAUCAGAUUCCUGGGAUGCUGUGCAAAGGACAAAAGAUGUGUCGCCUCAGUUAAACCAGGCCACCAUCAUUGAUCUACAUCCAUCUUCCACCUACAACAUUCGCAUGUAUGCAAAAAACCGCAUUGGAAAGAGCGAGGCUAGCAACGAGCUGACCAUCACCACGGAUGAAGCAGCCCCGGAUGGUCCACCUGCCGACGUUGUCCUCGAAUCUUUGUCUUCUCAGGUUAUCAAAGUGACGUGGAAGGCUCCGAAGAAGCACUUGCAGAACGGAUUGAUCCGUGGUUAUCAGAUUGGUUAUCGGGAGUACAGCACUGGCGGGAACUACCAGUUCAACAUCAUCAGCAUGGAGACCACAGGAGACAGUGAGCUCUACACCCUGGACAACCUGAAGAAGUUCACCCAGUAUGGAGUGGUUGUUCAGGCCUGCAAUCGAGCCGGCACCGGGCCAUCCUCUCAGGAGAUCAUCGCCAUCACAAUGGAAGAUGUUCCCAGCCGACCACCGGACAACGUCCAAGCCACCGCCAUCUCUCCGGAGGUCAUCUCACUCUCCUGGUCAAUGCCGCCAAAGGAGGCACUCAAUGGGAUUCUAAAGGGAUACCGGGUUAUUUACUGGGCCAACCUGCCGGACGGAGAGCUUGGAGAGAUUAAAAAUGUCACAACCACCCAGGUUACUCUGGAAUUGGAUGGACUUGAGAAGUAUACCAACUACAGCAUCCAAGUGCUGGCCUUCACUCAGGCAGGUGAUGGAGUCCGAAGUGAACAGAUCUUCACACGUACCAAGGAGGAUGUUCCAGGUCCCCCCGGUGGGGUGAAGGCAGCAGCAGCCUCCGCCACAAGUGUGGUCGUUUCGUGGCUCCAUCCAUUGAAGAUGAACGGCAUCAUUUGGAAGUACACCAUAUUUUGCUCCCACCCAUACCCGACAGUGAUCAGUGAAUUUGAGGCCUCACCAGACGUCUUCUAUUACCGGAUCCCUAACCUUAGCCAGAACCACCUGUACAGCAUCUGGGUCGUUGCGAUCACAGCAGCUGGGAGGGGGAAUUCUAGCGAGAUCAUCACCGUGGAGCCACUCGCCAAAGCACCAGCCCGGAUCCUUACAUUCAGCGGCACCAUGACCACACCAUGGAUGAGAGAUAUCGUGCUGCCCUGCAAAGUGGUUGGAGACCCGGCACCAGCAGUCAAAUGGAUGAAGAACAGCAAUGGAACGCCAGUCCCUGUCCUAACCGAUGGGCGCAGAAACAUCUUCAACAACGGAAGCUUUGUCAUUCGCACGGUGAAAGCAGAGGACUCUGGGUACUACAGCUGCAGGUCAAGUAAUAGCUGGGGAUCAGAUGAGAUCCUCCUCAAUCUCCAGGUGCAAGUUCCACCAGACCAACCUCGUCUAACGGUCUCCAAGACAACCUCCAAUUCCAUCACUCUUUCCUGGAUACCAGGCGACAAUGGCGGGAGCUCCAUUCGAGGUUACAUCCUGCAGUACUCGGAGGACAACAGUGAGCAGUGGGGCAGCUUCCCCAUCAGCCCCAGUGAGCGCUCCUACCGCCUGGAGAAUCUCAAGUGCGGCACCUGGUACAAGUUCACCCUGACGGCGCAGAACGGAGUGGGGCCCGGCCGCAUCAGCGAGAUCAUCGAGGCGAAAACACACGGGAAAGAGCCACAGUUUGCCAAGGAGCAGGAGCUGUUCUCCAGCAUUAACACCACGAGGAUCCGGCUGAACCUUGUCGGCUGGGUGGACGGCGGCUGCCCCAUCACCACGUUCACGCUGGAGCACCGGCCGUUUGGGACAGCGGCCUGGACCACGGCGCAGCGCACCACGCUGUCCAAGGCCUACAUCCUGUACGACCUGCAGGAAGCCACGUGGUACGAGCUGCAGAUGACGGUGUGCAACAGUGCCGGCUGUGCGGAGAAGCAGGCGGAGUUUGCUACCCCCAACGACGAUGGGAGCACAAUUCCACCGUUGAUUAAGUCGGUGGUGCAGACUGAGGAUGGAAUGGCAACCAACGAGGAGCUGAAGAUGUUGGUGACCAUCUCCUGCAUCUUGCUGGCUGCCCUGCUCCUCUUUGCCCUGCUCCUUGUGGUCCGAAGGCGCCGGAGGGAGCAACGUCUGAAGCGACUGAGGGAUGCCAAAAGUCUUGCUGAGAUGUUAAUGAGUAAAAACACAAGGACGUCCGACACGCUGAAUAAACAACAGCAGACGCUGAGAAUGCACAUUGAUAUCCCACGCGCUCAACUCCUGAUAGAAGAGAGGGACACCAUGGAGACAAUCGAUGACCGAUCCACUGUGCUACUGACGGAUUCUGACUUUGGUGAAGCUGUGAAGCAGAAAUCGCUGACGGCGACACACACUGUGCACUACCAUUCGGUCUCACAGGCCACCGGACCACUGGUGGACGUGUCAGACGCUCGGCCAGGAACCAAUCCCACCGCCCGCAGGAACGCGAAAGGGGCGCCGUCGGCCCGCAACCGCUAUUCCAGCCAGUGGACGUUGAACAGACCCCACCCCACAAUGUCUGCCCACACUCUGACCACCGACUGGAGGAUGCCAGCUCCACAAGUGGCGGGAUCGGUCGACAAAGAGAGUGAUAGCUACAGCGUCAGCCCUUCCCAGGACACAGACAGAGCUCGGAGUAGCAUGGUCUCCACGGAGAGUGCCUCCUCCACGUACGAGGAGCUGGCACGGGCCUACGAGCACGCCAAGAUGGAGGAGCAGUUGCGGCACGCCAAGUUUACAAUCACGGAAUGCUUCAUAUCGGAUACGUCCUCGGAGCAGCUGACGGCAGGGACCAACGAGUACACGGACAGCCUCACGUCCAGUACUCCCUCCGAAUCGGGCAUCUGCAGAUUCACUGCGUCACCGCCGAAACCUCAGGACGCUGGGAGGGUGGCAAACAUGGCUGUCCCAAAAGCACACCGACCAGGUGACCUUAUGCAUCUGCCGCCGUACCUAAGGGUGGACUUCCUGAUUCACAGAGGCAUUGCGGGUCCCAGCAGGGAGCUGGGUCAAGCGCAUGCCUGCCUGGAGCCUCAGAGACGGGGCACCAUGAAACGCACACAAGUCAUGGAGCCCAUCCCAAUGGAGGCGGCAGGCAGGGACGUGCAGCAAUGGCAAUCAAGCACCACAUCGACAUUACCUCAGAGGGAGAGCGCAGAACGUGGAAAAGGCCCCAAGUUGAGCAGCUCACAGGAAUCGCUACUGGACAAUCGUGGCCACUUGAAGCAAGGGAACAACCCCUACGCAAAGUCCUACACACUGGUAUAACAAAUGCAUGUCUGUACGAGGCUGUAAAUAGUUCAAUUGAAAGCUACCUUUUUUACUGGUUCCAAUAUUUAUAAUCAAAAGAUUUGCCAAAAUAUUUAAAAAAAAAUUAGAUAUUUGCAAGGACUUUGUUGUGACAUGUCUGAGCAAAUGAAUGUCUGUGCAUUUUUUUUAAAGGAGCCCUCUGGUUAUCAGAUAUGCACAGAUCGUGGUGUUUUUACUCAUUUCCUAUGAAAUGCAUGGAGGCAGAGUAGAGAGGCAUUGACAUUAGCACAAAAAAGAAUUACAGUGAGCGGAAAAAAAAAAUUACAAAACUUCUGUCACCUGCGAACAUAACACGUAAAUAGUUUAAAUACCGCACAGAUAAAAACGAAAAGCUACAUUUGUGGUUGAAACAGCGAUCCCUGAUUGAUUGAAGAGUUUGCAAGCAAGUAACUGAUCACCUUUCACAGUCAGUUAGAAGCAGAGGCUUAAAGUAACACAGCACUGAAGGCGGCCGAUUGGGUCCAUUUUGCCGAUGUACAGAGACACUCCCCGACUUACGCCACAGGUGACUUGCGUAAACUCACACUUACGGAAAACGUUCCGUACUCAGUCCCCAGCGGAAACCUAGGCAGUUUGUCAACUCAACAACGCUGUACGAUUACUCGCAUGAAACAAGCCGGCAGUGUUCACCGACAUGGUGGCGCAGCGGUAGAGUUGCUGCCUGACAGCGCUUACACCGCCACAGACCCAGGUUCGAUCCUGACCACGGGUGCUGUCUGACCUGCGUGGGUUUCCUCCCACAAUCUCCAAAGACUUACAGGUUUGUAGGUUAAUUGGCUUGGUGUAAAUGUAAAUUGUCCCUGGUGUGUGUAGGAUAGUGUUAAUGUGUGGGAAUCCUUGGUCGGCGCGGACUCUGUGGGCCGAAGGGACUGUUUCCUCUAAAACACUACAACUAGAAACUAAAACUAGAAGAUAUUGUGCCACAGAAAGUGCCCUGGGUGCAGCCAGACAAUUAAUACUUUCUGUGAGUGAUUUCGGGCAAGAAAUGGGGAUAAUCAUUCCGACUUAACGUAAAAUGGAACUUCGCAUUUAUUGUCACUUAACCAAUUAAGGUACAGUGACAUUUGAGUUACCAUUCAGCCAUAGUAAGUGAAAAGAACAUAAUACAUAAGGGUUCACAAAAUGUAACCCGUACAUAAGUCAGGGAGCGCCUGUACAUCAAUUCAAGCUUUUUUUCCUGGUGUUCAUUAGGCUAAGGAUUAACAUUAACAAAUAUUUUUUGAAAUAUAAUUAUUCUAUUGAAAUAACUUUACACUAUGAACCCACAAGGCUGGGAAUCAAAUAAGAAUGCUUGGCAUCUAUGUUUCCUUGAUUUGUUUGAUUUACUGACCAUAUUUAUGUAUUAUAUAUCCAUUUAUGUAUGUGUGUUUGUAUCUAUCUAGUUACAUACAUAACACACAUACACGUGGAUAUGGAAUAUGUGUGUGCGUGCGCGUGCGUGUGUGUAUAUGUGUGUCUACGUGUAACUGUAAAUGGGUCGGAAUUUAUUUUAGGUAAAUAAAAUGAAGAAAGACAGAAAACCCAGUAAUAACUAACGUUUCAGCUACGUGUGUGUCUACCUCCUCAGGCUUGCAUCUGGCCUCAAGCUCUAACCAAAGUUUGGUGACCUUUAAUUCUUUACUACAUAGUUGUUUGUGUGUAUUUUCUGAUGUAACAUCACUUGCCCCCUGCACAAACCUUUCAGUCUGGUAGUUGUAAUAAAAAAAACUUUUGAACAUCAAAGACAAAACAAAUAUAUACUAUAUAUAUAUAUAUAUAUAAUAUAUAUGUACGUAUGUAUAUGUGUGUGUAUAUAU